AUGCGAGAUCUUCCAAAAGUUGUAAAUAGCCGUUUAGUGAGGUGGGCUCACCAGUUGAAUCAAUACAACUAUGACAUAGAGUACAUAAAAGGAGAAGAUAAUGUGUGUGCUGAUGUUCUAUCAAGACUUCCGAUUGAAGAAGAUCAACCUGAGGAGGCUCACAUUGGCUUUUUGAAUGUUGAUAAGGUUAACUCAAUCAUGUCUUAUGACCUCUUGAAACAAAAUUCAUUUACAGAUAAAGCAAUUAAAAUGGCAAAAAACUUUGUAUUGAGAAAUACAUGGCCCCCUGUUGUUCCUGAAAUGUUGAAGUCAUACAAACCGAGGAAAGAUGAAUUGAGUGUAGAAGAUGACAUAUUAUUGUGGUUUGGAAGAAUUGUAGUUCCAGAAUGCAUGAGAACUGAUGUUCUGAAGAUAUUGCACACAGGACAUCCUGGUAUUGUAUCAAUGAGGUCUGUAGCAAGACACUAUGUAUGGUGGCCCAACAUGGAUAAAGAUAUCGAAGUUUAUAUCAAGAGGUGCACAUCUUGUCAAGAGAAUCGAGAUAAUGUGGAAGAAGUACCAUUAUAUCCUUGGAAUGUACCUGAUAGAGUUUGGGAAAGGGUACACAUUGAUCUGGCAGGGCCAGUCAACGGAUCUAUGUGGUUGGUAGGUAUUGAUGCUUUGUCAAAGUGGGCAGAAGUGGACUGUCUCAAGACAACAAACUCUUCAACAAUCAUUCAACGAUUGAGAUCUUGGUUUAGUCGAUAUGGAAUACCAAGUGAAAUAGUGACAGACAAUGGACCUCAAUUUGUAUCAAAGGAAAUGGAAACAUUUUUUGAGAAAAAUUCUAUCAACCACAUAAAAACAACUCCCUACCAUCCUAAAAGUAAUGGACUUGUGGAAAGACUAAUUCGUACUUUGAAAAGACGGUUCUACACAACAAAGCAGGAUGUUGGAGAUGGAAUGCUAGUUCUUCAAAAUGUUCUUUUUAGCUACAGAAACUCGCCUCAGGAAACAACUGGUAGGGCUCCUGCAGAAUUGUUUCUCGGUCGUAGACUACCAACAAUUUUUGACAAUAUGAAACCUAAUCUUAGAAAAAAGAUGGAGAUGAAGCUUUGGAAAGAACAAUGGAGGGACAACAAAAAAGUUCGAACUUUUGAAGAGGGAGAAGAUGUGUGGAUUAAGAAUGAACAUGGAAAUGGUUGGUCAGCUGGAAUGGUGAAAAAUAAAAAUUGA